AGGCACACCCCUAAUAAGUCGCACCACCAUUAUUCCUCCUCAACUCGUGCAUUUUCCUCCCCAUCACUCCAAUCCAAUCCAUGCUAGCGUGCUCUCCACGUCUACCGCUCCGGCCAUCUCUGCCGCUCCUCGAUACCUCCACCAACCCUGCACGUCGGAUCUCUCCAUUCAAUCCAUCUCCCGCCGUUCAUUUCGCCACCAUGUAUCGCGGAGUGGUAACCAGAUCGCUGAGCGCGGUGACUCGCAGCAGCCGUCGGAUCUCGUCAGCGGCACCCUCGAGGCGCCUCCACCAUUUCAGCAGCCAGCGCCUCCCGUCCUGCACUCCCGAGAUCGCCCCCGUUUUCGGAUCGACCAGCGGGAAAGCCUCGUUGCUGGCAGGUUGCAAUCGCAGCCGUUGGAUCCACCCGUCGUUUGCGGCGCGAGGGUUCGCGACGUCGUCGAGCGACGCGGGGCUGCUGAAGGUUCUUAAAGCGGAGCUGGAGCACGAGGAGCAGGACUACGAGCCGCCCGAGGAUCUAAAGGAGGGCCCCCCCGCGGAGUGGACGGUGGAGGAGCAGGGCGGCACGAUCGACGCCGUGCUGCGCAGGGCGUACCAGGGGGAGGCCAUAUCCGUCGUCGCGGCGUUCGCUGACGACGAGGACGCGUACGGGAACGAGGGGGAGGGCGAGGGGGAGAGCGAGGAGGAGGAGGAGGAGGCGGAGGCGGAGCGCCUGACGCCGCUGUCCGUGCGGGUGACCGUUACAAAGAAGGCGGAGCAGCCGGAGCUGGAGAUCGACUGCGUGGUGGACGGCAACAGUUGGAUUAUUCAGGACGUGCGGCUGGAGGACGCGGAGGUGCCUGAGGACGGCAUUCCCUAUGGCGGCCCGCAGUUCUCCACGCUGGACCCGGUGCUGCAGGAGCAGUUUGACUCGUUCCUGCGGCGGCGGGGCUUCAGCCCGGCGCUGGCGGACUACCUGCGGCGGUACCUGGAGGACAAGGAGCAGCGCGAGUACGUGCGCUGGCUCAAGAGGCUCGGGGCCUUCGUGGUGCAGAAAUGAGGGGGAGAGGAGAUGUGGGGGAAAUGCGGUUACAUGGGGGGAGCGGUGGGGGAUGGGGAGGAAGGUACUACCUGGAGGAGGAGCAGCGCGAGUACGUGCAUUGGCUCAAGCGUGGCGGUGCACAAUGACGCUGGAGUUCCGGGUGCCUGACCAGUGCUGGACGUUCUUGGCUUGCAGUGCUCCCUGGCUGCGUCAGGGUUCUGAAUCUCUUUGUUCUAGGCCUUAAUAUUGUGGUGGUCAAUCUGUCUUUUGGUAGAAAUGAGUCACACUGAGCUAGGCAUGAAAAUAUGAUUCUCCAGCAACACAAACAAAAUCAACACUACUAU